GUAAUCAAUGUAGUGUUUAUGCAAUGGAUUUAAAAUAUGACGCAUCAAUUGAAGCAUUAACAGUAGUCAAAUAUAUUGUCAUCAAAUCUGCAAACAUAAUUCUUAAUAACUUAAGAAAUCCAACAAAUGGAAUUUCCAUAAAAGCCACGAAUUUAAGGGUUACUGUCAAGAGCAAAGGUGUAUCUAUAACAUAG